AUGGCCAGCAAAGUUCUUGCUCGGACUAGUAUUUAUUCCAAAAUUAGAAGGAGCUUAAGCCAAGCUAAAGCUAUUGCACUGUUAUGUACAACUCAUGCACUCCUUCCUCCUACUGAAUCUUAUCUUUUGGGUUGUACUGUUGCUAAUAUUGCUAUGGAUGCAGAUAACCAUGCCGUACUGGAAGAAUAUAAUAUUUCAUACGCACUCAGGCCGUUGCUUUCAUCAAAGGAUCCUUUCAUGCAAUAUCAUGCCGCUCGCUGUUUAGUCUACAUGGGCUAUUAUGAUUUACAUAUCUAUCUCUUUAGCCAAGAUUAUGAUGAAAUGUUGGGCGACGUAAUAUACGCCAACGAUAAUCAAUCUGAGCACGACUAUAUCAGGGGCACGACUUUAGAACGAAUUGUUGAAAUAUUAACUGGAAAUUCAUCGGUUUUAUGGGGUGGCUCAUCGCUGACACGAAAUUCGUCCGGUGAUUUACGAGAGAAUAGUGAUGAAAAACAUUCGACUGUUCUCGCAAGUGAACAAAUAUUAGAGUUUAUCUUGACCAUGUUUUCAACGUUUGUUAGCGCUGAAAUAUUGAUGAAUUUAUUACUGCAUCGAUUUCGUCAUCCAUCUGCAUCUCGAAUAUUUGGAUGGAAGAUUAAAUCUAGUUCAUCACCCAUCGAUAGUGAAAAUCCCAUGGAAAUGUAUUCGCCAUUACCUUUAGUUCACGUUUAUUUAAUGAGAGUAUGGGAAAUGUGGUUGGAAAACUUUUCUGAUGAUUUCGUUACCAAUUACGGCUUAGCGAUUUCCUUGAGUAAACUUAUUCCAUCUAUGAGACUUGCCGGUGGUCCUUAUCGACCGGCUGCAGCGAGAUUGGAAGAACUCUUAGGCAAAAUAAAGACCCGAAAAUUAUCUGACUCUAACCUUGAGGGAACAGGUUCCUUUGAAGCGAUCCAUAAUAAACUAUAUGAACAGUGUAAGUUUGAUAUUAUCGGUGGAACGCAACCUUGCUCUAUCGAAGAAGCUGCAAAACUCGCUAGCAUUCAGCUUUAUAUUGAGGAUAUCACCGGUGUUAUAGAAGAAAAUCAUGACAAUAACUAUUCAUUACACUUCCUAAAGCCAAAGAAACAAAUUUUAAUCAAUAAUCCUGACCAGGAUUUGGUUGUUAGCAGAGCAUCUAGUAGCCGAAUAAAGUAUUGCUUGCCUAACGUCUUUGCAAAAUCAAAAUUGGCAACUAAAAUGGUCAAAGAACUGCACGAAGAUUUAUGUCUAGAUAAUCCAUCAGAGCGAAACGCGAAGCAUUCUUACAUCGAUUAUUGCCAAUCGUUAACAACGUAUGGUUGCUGCGUCUUUAAUUUAGAGGAAGUGAUUGUUGUCGCCAAUAGUAAGCACAAACGUCCCAAAGCAGAAUACGAGAAACGAUUGCUAUGUAUACAUCCAAAACAUGUCAUUAUGAUUGAUGCUAAAACAAAGGAAAAGAUCUCGUAUAAUAGCUUUCAAACACUAAAACGUUGGGAACCAGGACAUUUUGGCCAUGUGGUUACGAUGCAGUUGACUUUUACGAAUAAAGCACAUACCUUCCUUCUGGAGGAUGAACAGCAAUGGCAGGAAUUAGAUCUGCUAUUUUGGGCAUGUAUUGAAGAAUUAGACUGGCAGCGAAUCUCAAAGAUGAGUAAAACUCCCUGGAGUAAACUAGCUGAGGAAACUCAGACUUGGGGUCGAGCGGCAGCGGCAGCACAUGCUAGAACGAUUACUGUUCAGGCUGCAGCAAGAUUGAGUAGUUCUACGGCUACCGAAGAAGAUCUUGAAAAUUAUCAUAGUGUAGCAGAGUUAAAAGCAAAAACCGUCAGCCACGGUGGUAGUUUGUCUUCUUUAGGAUCAGGAAGUGUAACUCUUCGUCGAAGUAGUACUGCCAAACAGUCUUCUAAUGGAAGUUCUUAUUCAAGCGGCAAGGACGUUGAUGAACGGCUAAGAUCAGUUCCAAUGCGAAGAAGAUCACAUCAAAAUAAUGGUAAUGUUCAAUAG